AUGUAUGUUGGAUGGGCGGCAUCUCUAGGCAUAUCAGUUGUAGCUCAAGCUCCAUAUGCAGCAUUCCGCCGCAGCUAUCUUGAGCGCCAACAUCUGGAGUUCUGGGCUCUCAUCAGAGCCAUACGUGAGGAUGAGCAGGCUCGAGGCGUCACUCUUUCCCCGUGGUAUGCCCUUGUUCCCCAGGUGGCCUCAACACUGAACUCUACACCGGUAGCGGGCGACAUCACCCCCAACGACUUGAUUUUUGCAGCAGCACCCAAGCCACCACCAUCGAACUCUCCAAGACCGCCUAAUCCUCCCAAUCUCGACGCCUUCAUCAAUAGGCAUGGAAAUGCGUUGGAUUACGAUGAUGCCAAGUACAAAAGCUACGUCGAGGCUAAGCGUAGGAGUUUCCAGGAUAUGCUCAAAACCUUUCAUGAGCAUACAUUGAGUCGCUUGCGGAAGACAGCCUUCAAGAUGGCUGAGAAGAGUAGACGUCCCCGAGCUUCAAACUUAGCUCCCUACAAGAAGGGUGACUUGCUCUGGGUUGCGGCCAACAGCAUUAAUAAGCUCAAGCCCCGAUGGACUGGUCCUUUCAAGUGUAUGGGAGGUGAAGAAGUGACGGGCUCGGCACAAUUGGUAGAGAUAUCUUCUUUGAGUGACCAACCCCGAGGACAAGUGCAUAUUUCUAAUGUCAAGUUGGCAGUUCUCAGUGACGAGCAGUUAGACGUCUAUUGUGGACGAGAUAAGAGCCAGCCGACGACUACCUCUGCCGUCUUCCCAGUCUCGGGAGACAUACCGACUGUCAAGUCAGAGCAGUUUCCUGCAAUGCGACACUUCAUGAUCGAGGGUGGCGACAAGGAAGGGCAGCUCUUGGUUGCAAGGUCGGUCGUCCCCAUCAAGGAUUCUACUGGUCUAUGGCUACAGUGCGAUCAAU